AUGGCCUUUUGGGUUUUGUGUUCCACUUUCUGGAAGUUUUGCUACAGAGCAAAGACACUUUUUGGACCCUUUUCUCAGAAUAUUUCAUUUAUCUUCCAUUUUUCUUCCCCAUUUUUUUUGCCAUUUUCUGCAAUGUUCCUUUUUCUGCUGUGCGUAAAAUGCUCACUUUCUUUUGCACGCUUUUUUGUCACCAAGGACCUUCAAAAGGAGGGCCAUCCCCGACGGCUGCAAUCAUCUGCCGGACAACAUCAAGCAUUAAUAAUGCAACCAUUAGUGGUCCAGCACUAUGCUCAGAAUGUACACACAGAAGUUCAGUUGGGAUUGGCUCCACCGCUUUCAGGUGGGGGAAGUACCGGCGGUGGUAGUGGUGGUGGCUUUUUUGGAUCGGGUCUAUUCCGGACAUCGGGACGUCCGCCAAGCAGCAGCAACAGGCCUCGUGCCUAUUCUAUGCUCCCAUUGACAUCAUCUAUCAGUCAGGAAGAGGACCAGAUCAUCUGGUUGCAUACACAUACAAUUGUUGCCCUUUUUGAAACAAUUGUCGUGACUCUGUCCGUUGUUCGCUUCUUCACCCGACCCAAGGAUUCUUCACUUCUUCAACUCCGUUUUCGUCGAAGGCAAAGAAGAAUGUCAGUGUUUAUCGCAAGCGAUGCUAACAUUGUGCGAAAAAUGGCAACAGCAACGCGUGGCGCCUGUCCACCGCCAUUACGCCGACCAUCGCGAUCCGUCUGCGAAGUGCUCAACACAAUGGCGCCUCUGAAUGUUUGCAAUCGGAAUGCGGUAAACGCCAAUCGCAGAUAUUCGACGCUGGUGACGGUUUCAGAACGUGUAGUGCUGCGGUCAGGAAACAAUUUUUUACCUGCACCUGGGGUCACUCAUUAUCCUCCAACAAUACGGAAUAUGUUCAUUUGUCAAAAGUUCCUUGGGACCUUAAAAGCUCAUGACACAAAAUCCCGCUUCUUGAUGUUUUCCAAUCUUUUGCUAUUCCAAGAAUAUCUCAUGUGCUUGGAUUAG